AUGGCCAGUGGGUGGUGGCCCAGUGGUGGUCCAGUGGUGGUCCAAUGGCUGAGCGGAGCCAGGGUAGCUAGCGGGCUGAGCGGAGAUUUCCCAGUGGCCGAGGAGGAGGUCGGGUCGGGCAGAGCUUUCCCGGUGGCAAGGGUUUCCGGCAGUGGCAAGUCUGGGUGGGGCAGCGGCGGUGGGGCCGGGCCAGGUGGUGAAGCCACAAGGAGGCCAGCGGUGGGCCGGAGCAGUGGCGACGGUCCGGAGAGCGGUGGAGCAACCGGAAGCGAAGCGGGAGAGCACUGGGCACACAGGGAGGCUGGUCAGGGGGGGGGGUGGCGGGAACUGACGGAGGGAUCGGAGGGCCAGUGGUCGGCAGCCGUGGAGCAGUACGGACCUGCGUGA